AUGCGGAGCCGAAAAAGUUGUGGUAUGGCAGCGCAGUAUCGACAAGAAAAGGCGUCCUCCGGUGUUCUUUUAAGAACUUCCGAAAACAAUCUUCGCCCAGAGACGGCGUGGAGAAAAACUAAAUACCUCCCUUGCCGGUUAUCGAUCGCCCCAUGCGGUCCGAAGAUUGAUCGUUUCCGAACUUUUUUCAACCUAGAUAUCUCGUUUAAUAUUCGUCCUAGCCGUUUCCGAACUCAGUCCGUUUACGUUUUAUUUUCGUUUUUAAUCAGAUUUGAUAGUUUCAAAGCCGUCGGUCGAAAGGUCGAAAAGUUGACUACCGAUAAACAUCGAUAA